UCUGGUCUGGAUCCAUGCUGGUCGCAUAGCCGCUAUGUUGGUUUUCUCAUGGCGCAGCUCAUAUUACGAACUAAAACAGACAUUAUUUAUACAUUCAUUUUAUAUUCAGUGUUGCAAUUUUACAACCUCGUGAGGGAACGAAUCAAGUAUUUAAAAUGAAUACUACUCUGCUGCUGUGCUUAGCCUUUUUGAUUGGAAUAAAUUGUGUCCAGCUUCCUGGAUGUCCUACAAUAAUUUCAAGGAAAGAGUGGAACGCUCGUUCAGCUGUGAAAACCACUCGAAUGUCUAAUUCGGUUACUUACGCUAUAAUCCAUCAUGGUACUGGAAGUCGGUGUUUCACCACUGCAACCUGCAAGACAAAAGUUAAAUCGUACCAAAACCACCACAUGGACACAAAGGGCUGGUGGGACAUCGGUUAUAACUUUGUUGUUGGUGAAGAUGGAAAUAUUUAUGAAGGGCGCGGCUGGAAUAUAGAAGGGGCACAUGCCGGUAGUUCAACAAUCAACGGAAACAGCAUAGGGAUUUGUGUGAUAGGAGACUUCAGUAGCACAGUUCCAAACAGAGCUGCUCAAAACGCCGUGAAAAGUUUGCUAAACUGUGCUAAAAAGAACGGCAAAUUGGCAUCAUCUUACACACUGUGUGGUCACCGUGAUGUAAGAAGUACACAGUGCCCUGGUCAACGUUUUUACAACCUUAUCAGAACAUGGAGCAAUUACAAUGAGAACUCAAAAUGUUGAUACCGUGUCUGUGUACGAUUCCAUAACUUUUCCUUGCUUUCUCUGCGUAUGAUAAAAAAGCGUUGUGCUUUGAUCAGAAUAUCGUAGCUUGCGUAACUCAUUUAGAAAUGAAUUUCACAUAAUACUUGAUACAAAAUAAAACUGUAUAAAUGGAUAAUAUCGACAACAGUUACUGUAUAUCAAAUACAAUUAAUAUGAACAGUUUCUUAACGUAUUCACAGCUAUGAGAACUCAAAAUGUUGAUACCGUGUCUGUGUACGAUUCCAUAACUUUUCCUUGCUUUCUCUGCGUAUGAUAAAAAAGCGUUGUGCUUUGAUCAGAAUAUCGUAGCUUGCGUAACUCAUUUAGAAAUGUAUUUCACAUAAUACUUGAUACAAAAUAAAACUGUAUAAAUGGAUAAUAUCGACAACAGUUACUGUAUAUCAAAUACAAUUAAUAUGAACAGUUUCUUAACGUAUUCACAACUAAACUAUACCAUUUAUUUGUUUGAUGUAUUACAUGUUUUAAUGUCUUUUUUCCAUUUCAUGAUUGAAAUAUUAAAAUGAAACAUGUCAGAUAUUUUCAUAUAAAAAUGUAUGUGCUCUUGUGUAGGGUAAACGUAUAUUUUUUCGUGUUAUAAUAUCCGCAGAAGGUACCAACUUAACCCGAGGGAUUCUGAAGAUGUUAUUACAUGAAAUGGACAUGCGCUUAUGUUAUUCUAGCGUAAAACACAUAAAAACUGAUAAAUGAAUAUAAUUGUCCUUCACCUGCAUUAAAUUUCAAUGAAUUGCACAGGAA